UGUCUUAAAAAUUAUGAACAAGCACACUUCUAUUUGAAAGAAGCCAUUAAUUUAAAACCAAAAGAACCAAUUGCUUAUUUAAUUUGUGGAGAAAUAUUUUUUUGGCAAAGUAACUAUAGUGAAUCAGUAAAUAAUUUAUGCAUGUCAAUAGAUUAUAAGGUUAAAAUAAAUAACGUAUAUAUAAUAACUGGAAAUAGUAACUUAUUUCAUGACUGUUAUGGUACAUAUUACUAUAAUAUUGCAUUAAGAAAUGAUCCAGAUAAUUAUUUAUGUCUUAAGUAUAAUGCAUUUUGCUAUGCAAAGUAUGGUUAUUAUAAUAAUGCUUUAGAAAU